AUGGCAUCCCUCAACUCUCUCGACAGCCCCGACUCCUAUGCGGUCGCCUGGAUCGCAGCUCUUCACAUCGAGCGGGCCGCUGCAGAAGCGAUAUUCGACGAGGAACAUGCGCCCCCAACUGGCUUCGCUAGGCACCCAACCGACGCGAACCGUUAUACAUGGGGUCGUAUGGGAGAGCACAACAUCGUUAUCGUCUCUCUUGCCGCCGGAGACUAUGGAACCACCUCGGCUACGACUACAGCCUCGAGCCUGCUUGCCUCUCUGCCAUCCAUCCGUGUUGGUCUUCUGGUCGGCAUAGGCGGCGGCAUCGCACGACCGGACGAUGACUGCGAUAUCCGGCUCGGCGAUAUUGUCGUGAGCCAGCCCGAUGGGACCACAGGCGGCGUCUGCCAGUACGACCUGAUCAAGGCAAAACCUGGUGACAGGCGUGAGCGCAAAGGCUUCCUCGGACGGCCUCCGACGGUCCUCCUCAACGCGCUUGCCAGCAUCCGGGCCGAUCACGAGCGAAAAGACUCCAAGGUUCCCUGCUUCCUUCAACAGAUGUUAGAGAAGUACCCGAAGAUGGGCAAGAGAUCCAAGACAAGUCCUGGCUAUGCUUACCAGGGCUUCGACAACGAUCGCCUCUUUAAAACUUCUAGUGGCCAUGUCUCCGGGCCGGACUGUCGGGGCUGCGACGCGGCUGGCGAGGUUCAACGCGAUCCUCGAGACACCACCGACCCCGAUAUCCACUACGGGACCAUCGCAUCCGGUAACACGCUGGUCAAAGACGCCGCUGCGCGCGAUCGGAUUGUUGCCGACGUCGGCGAGGAUUGUAUCUGCUUUGAGAUGGAAGCAGCCGGCCUGAUGAACCUCUUUCCUUGUCUUGUGAUCCGAGGGAUCUGCGACUAUGCCGAUUCCCACAAGAACGAUCGAUGGCAACGCUACGCCUCGGCCACCGCCGCUGCGUAUGCUAAGGAGCUCCUGGCGUACGUGCCGGUUGCGGAGGUCCAGGAGACCAAGAAGGCGCUGGAAAUGCUUCAAUCAGUUGAACAAAAAAUCGAUAGUAUGCAGCAGACCAUAGGUGUAGCGAAAAUAGCCACUGAUUCCAUCCAGGCCGACCUUCGUACCGAUAAGAUCAAGCGCUGGCUUCGCCCCUCCGAUCCGUCUAUAAACGCCAACCACGCGCGGGAGCUCCGCCAUGAGGGGACAGGUGCGUGGCUCCUAGAAAACCCGGCAUUCCAGGAGUGGCGCUCGGGGUCGCGUCGACAUUUGUGGUUGUAUGGUCUCGCGGGAUGUGGAAAGACGGUUCUUAGCGCAACUGUGCUGGAUCAUCUCGAGAAGGGAAACGACCGUCUUAUCCUCAGCUUCUUCUUUGACUUUGGCGACGCGGAAAAGCAGACUGUGAAUGGCAUGCUGCGGUCGCUUGCUUUCCAACUCUACCGAGGCCGCGGUGCCUCUGCAGGUGUUCUUGACGCCUCAUUCCAAGCACACCAGGGUGGCCGUGACCAAAUUGCGACAAAGGCGCUCUCGGAUGUUUUAUUCAAGAUUCUCGCAGUCGAGGCGAAGGUCUCUAUCGUUCUGGACGCCUUGGACGAGUCGACAACUAGGCGCGAACUACUCCUCUGGAUCAAGGACGUAGUUUGCAGGCCAGAGCUGGGCCACGUCCAGUUGAUUUGUACCGGUCGGCCUGAAGCCGAGUUCCUGCACGACAUGCCUUCGUCGAUAGGCGACGAAAACCGCUUAGCACUCGAUAAGCAGGCUGUUAACGCCGAUAUCCGAUCGUACGUCGCAGCACAGCUUUCGCAACGACGUGACUUUCAGGACAUGCGCCUGUCACAGGAUCUCCUCGAGCUGAUCCUCAACAGUCUUGCCAGAUGCCCGAGUCCCAUGGCUAUCAAAAUCGCUCUCGAUCAUCUACCGCAGGACCUGAAAGAGACGUACAAGCGAAUGCUCUACAGCAUCCCGAAAGACCGCAGGAACAGUGCUGUCCGCCUAUUACAGUUUCUCGUCCAUACCCGUUGGCCUUUAACGGUGCUGGACGCCAUGGAGAUUAUCGCGACAGACAUAGAGAAGGAUCCACCGCGUUUCGACGUUGACGGGAGAGUGUUUCGUGAGGAAGAAUUUCUACGGCACUGUCCUAGCCUUAUCUCCAUCGUUCUUGGGUAUAGAGACGGCAGGACCAUAAAGGAGUUACAUCUUGCCCACUUUUCCGUCAAAGAGUACCUUCUUGGGGAGAAUAAGUUCAAGAUUCCGACUGCCAGCAUUUCCAUCACGAAGACAUGCUUGACAUAUCUUACGGACAUCGAUGGUAGCCACCAAAAUAUCAAACAGGAUUUUCCGAUGGCAAGAUUUGCGGCGAAAGUCUGGACAGGCUUUGCUGCGUUGGCUCAGGUUUCAGAAGAUAUAGUUCGAGCGACUAACAGGUUCAUAGAAGAGGAAGUGACGUUCCAACGAUGGGCUCGCUUGUAUCAGGCUGAUACGGAUUGGGACGCUGACCCAGGUCCUCCACGAGGUUCCAAGCUCUACUAUGCUUGCUUCGUUGGGCUCGUAGCGCCUGCGCGAUAUCUUAUCGGCAAGGGAGCAGAUGUCAAUGCCCAGGGCGGCGAGUACGGCAACGCUCUCCAAGCCGCCUCAUCAGGAGGCUAUCAGGAGAUUGCCGCCCUGAUCUUAGACAAAGGAGCAGAUGUUAAUGCCCAGGGCGGCAAGUACGGCAACGCUCUCCAAGCCACCUCAGCAGGAGGCCAUCAGGAGAUUGCCGCCCUGCUCUUAGACAAGGGAGCAGAU